CAGGCCUAUAUGCUAAUUAUUUGGCAGACACAAAAGUUCUUUUCGACUUUUCGAGUGUUGAAUUCAUUUACAUUUUCUCUUCUAAAGUAACACAUGUCUGUCGAAAUCGUUCCUAAAGAUGUUCGUAACAUCAGGGCAUGUCUUGUUUGCUCCCUCGUCAAGACGUUUGAGCAAUUUGAAUUCGAUGGCUGUGACAAUUGCGACGAGUUUCUUCGAAUGAAGAACAACAAGGACAACAUUUAUGACUGUACCAGCAACAACUUUGAUGGGAUGGUUGCCCUGAUGAGCCCGGAAGAUAGUUGGGUGGCAAAGUGGCAGAGAAUCAAUCGAAAAGUCAAGGGUGUCUACGCCAUUUCUGUUUCUGGACGUCUGCCCGACACCUUCAUCAGGGAACUGAAAUCAAGAGGCAUCCCCUACAGAUCCCGAGACACCAGCCAGCGUCAAUAAUUCUGAAUCUUUCUUUUCUUUCCCACUUAUCUUAACUCCAAUCUUAUUUUGAUAACAAAAAAAAAAAAAAAUUUUUUUCCAAUAAUCAACUUUGUGUGUUCCAAUAAUUGGAUUCCUGUACAUCAGCAAGGCAUUGUUUGAGAAAAAUACAGCUGAAAUUGCUUGGCA